AUGAGCCUGUCGCCCGAGCUCCACAUUGCGCUCCAGCGCAUAACCGCUUGCAACAAAAGCGAGCGCUUGGUGAUGGUGGUACGCGACGACUUGAUCAAGAGUUUGCAAGCGGGACAGACAGCAGUGGCUUAUGCUCACGAAGCGUGGAUGCAGCUUGAGCGCUUGGGUGCGGACGUGAUGUCCAUCGGAAGGUUAGUCGGUUUCGUUGACAGAGACAAGUUGCACAAGGCUUUCAAGGACUCCAAGCUGCUGAUGCGUGACAGAGUGGUGUGGCAAGCUAUGGGUCGUUUCCGCACGAUGCUGGAUGCGCAAGUCAUCAUGGACUACCUGGCGGUGAUCGUCAACAGCGACAACACACGGCUGAGUCAAUUACGGAAUGCCUACUACAAG